UCACAUGACCUCGUAUCUUCAGAUACUACAUAGCCAAUGAGAACAGAUGACAUAUAUCGGAACGGGCUUUGCAGUGCUGCCACUAGUGGAGCGGCCAGUACGAGCCGUGAAACAGAAGGGCAGCCCUGUGUGACACGCAUCGUGCCAUCGUGUAGUCGUGUACACGUGCGAGAUAGAUGUAACCUCUAUUUAUUUCUUUAAACUCGGAUCGAAGAAUAUUAUCGGUUGUGGUAACUUUUUUAUAAAGUCUGAAAGUUAAAACAGAAUUUGAAGAAAAGAGAGAGAAUAAAAGUCGGAGAAAAUAGUUAUACGCUCAAAAUUAUAUACGACGAGAAGGAAAAUGGGUAAAUUAAGACCUCGCUUGGCAAGUAAAAAGAAGGCGAAACGAUGGGCCAAAGGCCAGAGUUCGAGCUCAAAUCCGACGACUACGAAACAUCGCGAGCAAGCGAGAGGCAUGUUUUUCAAAGACGUUUGCGGUACACCGGGUAUCACGAAGGAGGAUCUACGGAAACACGAUGCUCUUCAAGGGAUUGAGUCAGAUUUAGCAGAGCUCGAGGUCGAUGAGGAUCAGUCUGAAAAGACCGCGUAUACCUCUACUACAUUUGCUACCAAUUACAGCAAUUGUUCCAAUGUUUCUUUUGAAAGAUUUCUUAACCACUUUCAAUCGAGCUCGAUCGUGCACAAGGAGAUGUUGGCGGUAUUAGCGGCCGUUACGGAGGUUCUCAAGCAGAAUAAUGGUAACAAAAGUGCAACAGAAUAUUUCGCCGUAUUGAUGACUACUCUGGAAGCAGUGGAGGAUGAUACUUCUGUAGCCGCAACGCUAUCCUUGUUCGGGAUGAAUCUAAAGACGGUGCCUAAAAGCGUGCUCAUCCGCAAGUUCGGUGUAACCAGUCAAGUUCUCCUGGAAAUCCUAUCAAAGUAUACGGUGAGUGAGAACUACCUCGUCGUACGACAUUGCUUAGGUUGCCUCUCUAUACUGUUGAGAGCACAGGAGGCUGCUGCUUGGACCGAUUCUUCGACGGUACGAGCGUUAGAUGCCAUACUAUCUUUCAUCACUCAUACGAAGCCUAAGCCACGCAAAUCCGCUCAACAUGGGAUAUGUGCAAUUCUCAAGGGCAGUGAGCUGACGAGAGGCGAGAACCCGCCGAGUCUUCAUCCCGCUGCAGGACAGAUCGCGACAUAUUGUAUUACGCAAUUGGACUCUGCUUGUAAACCAGGAUCACCACUUACUACCACAUUGCACACUCUUACGUUAUUGAAGGACAUAAUGCAUCAACUACCAAAAUCACACGUAAAAACUACUUGCGAACGUAUAUUAAGCAUUAUGACGUUGAAAAAUGUACUGGUAACAUCUUGCUGUUUGCAAACGCUGCACGGAUUGUUCGUCUCGAGACCGAGCGAAACGACAUUGCCUCUGCAACGAAACGUCGAUAUCAUUACGGCUCUUUACGAUUAUCAACCACCCGUUUCCGAUACGCAGCCAACGCUGGCGUGGUUGGCGGUUAUGCAGGAGGCUCAUUGCAAUCUCGUGUAUAUCUCAAGUGCAAUUUCUCGUCGAACCUCCGAGGUCGGAACGUUAUUGGACUACGCUAUACCUAAAAUAUUGAAGAAAUGUAUUGAACUCUGGCUGUCCGAUAAGACGGAGGUCAUAUCCGGUGCGUCCCACGCUAUCAAGAUAAUUUUUCAGGAAUGCGUGGCAUUUCUUUGCGAAAACGAGCAGCGGAUCAAAACAUAUAAUCUUACUUUAAGCGAGAUCAUCAAGAUGAUGCGCAAGACACUGAGUUAUCAGUAUGUCAACGCUUGGCAACACAUUUUCCAUCUUAUAGCCUUGUUGUUUCAGAUAACUGGCAAACCGAAGCUUUCCACGAGCGAUCUUAUCUAUCAAUAUCUUAGGGAUAUCGUCAAGUCCUUGGGAGAGCUGCGAGAUUCCCACAACUUUGCAUAUAACAGCGAUGCGGAAUACGCGAUCGGAGCGGCGAUCAGAGCUAUGGGUCCAGAGGCCGUUCUGAAUGUUUUACCUCUGAGAACCGACGAUAGUGCCGACGAUAGUGCCGACGAUAGUGCCGACGAUAUAAAUGUAAAACGCGGUUGGAUGAUACCAUUGUUGAAGGACUGCGUAACCAGUGGCAGCAUCUCUUUCUUCGAGCGAGUUCUACUACCGAUUAUUGAGAUAUGCGAGGAAAGGAUGAAGGAUCCCGUAAGUGGUAAGACGUACGAGUUUCUGGUGCCGCAAAUCUGGUCAAUCUUGCCGAGCGUAUGCAAUGACGCGAGCGAUGUGAAGGAUAACUUUAAUCGUAUCGCCAAGCGAUUAGGUACGACUAUCAAAGAUCGACAGAAUCUCAAGUUACCCGUGAUGACGGCCUUGAGAAGGUUGAUUACAAGGGCGACGCAGGAUGAGAACGCUGCUGACAUUGCUGUACUCGCUUACUACGCCAAAAAUUAUUUGCCCAUUCUUUUCAAUUUGUACACGACGAGACCAAGCGGUACGGACGAGGAAGGACAACGUCUCGCCGCGCUGGAUACGAUCAAGGUUUACAUCACCAUCACCAGCAGUGAAUUAGCGAAUGAAUUGUUCGACAAUGCGUUGAGAAAUUUUAAUAAUCCUGACGCGAAUACCUUUCUCAAGGAGAGUAUCCAUGAUUUAAUAAGAGUGUUAAUCGGCUAUGCGGAUGUGACAAAAUUGAAGGUAUGUUACGGCAUGUACGUAUCCUUCUUGAAGGAUAACGCUAAACAGAAGGAACAGAAGAAGGCUUACCGAUUUCUGGAGGAAGUAUGCGCCAGCGACAAAGAAGUGUGCAAACAGUUUCUUCAGGAACGUAGACGCGACAUUCAGAAAGUGUUGAUAUCAUCAGCGACCAGUGUAGUCAAAACGAGCAGAGGAGCACGUCUUGCAUGUUUAGUGCAUCUUGUUACGCUACAUCCGCAGCUCGAGAACACCAAGUUUCUGCAGGCUAUCGUACCGGAAGUCGUAUUAUCCGUUAAGGACAUAAAUGAAAGGUGCCGCAACACGGCGUAUCGACUGCUCAACGUUAUUGCCGAGAAAUUCCUCGACAAUAGCAAGCAUCUCAAGGAUUACAUGGAUAUGCUGAUAGUCGGUUUAGGGGGUGAGCAAAAGUACGUCAGUGCUACUUUGUUAGCUCUGGCCUCUCUCACUUAUCAUCACGGUGUUUCUUUGGGUACGGAGACCAUCUCGGAGAUCUUGAAGCAUGUGCGUACUAUUUUGAACAGUCCCACGCGAGAGUGCGUAGAGUCCGCUUUGUCGUACGUGAAGGUCUAUAUAACCGUAAUCCGUCCAUCCGUCGCGGAAUUGCAGUCUAUAAUCGAAGCUCUCUCGCAAAUAAACGAGGACUGCAAGCGACACUUUCGCCAAAAGAUACGUGACAUUUUUACGAAAUUAAUAAGAAAGUAUGCCAUGGAGUCGAUAUCAAGUAUGCUACCGAUCUCGGAUACAAUCCUGCACAAGAGAUUGAAGAACAUCAAUAAGAUAGAAAAUGCAAAAAGGAAGGAGCGGGAGCUUGAAAGGAUGAAGAAGCGAGAGAACGAUGAAGAAUUUAAUGCCAAGAGGAAACCCAAGAGCAUAGAGGAUAUAUUGGCUGACAGCGACGAGGAAUUUGAGAAAACGGAAAAGGAGGAACCGCGGAAAAAUAAGAAAAUAUCGAAACGGAACGUUUGGAUUCAAGAGAAUCAAGGAAAUAUCGUUAAUCUUGCUGAUCUCGUUGCUGCCAGGAAUAUUACAACUACUCAACCGGGUGUUUCAAAUCCAAAGAGUCCAGUAAAAAAAGUUAAGGAUUACGGUUUCAAGACUGCACCUGACGGUCGCCUCAUCAUUACCGAUGAUAAUGACAGGGACAGUGAUGUGGAGAAAACUAAUAAAAAGAAAAGAAAAGCUUCCUUCCUUCAAAGUGAUUCAGAAGAUGAUAACGCGGAUGAAGAUGAUGCAUCAAUAGUGACCGCCGCAAGGACAGCUGGCGUAAAGAGAGCUAAGCACAGCGAGAGCGUGUCAGACGUAAUGAGCUUAAAAAGUCAAACAACAUCGAAAUAUCAAGCUGGUGGAUCGGGCAUUCACAGACCGUUAAGAGCGAAAAAAGAAAAAAGAAAAGAACGCGUGCCUGGUUCGGAAUACCGUGCAGUAAAAGCCAAGGGAGACAUUAAAAAGAAGGGUAAACCAGAUCCUUACGUAUACUUACCUUUCACCAGAUCUGUUUUAAACAAAAGCCGGUAUUUGAUACGUGUCAUUUCAAAGCAUUUUUGCGAGUAUACUUAAUUCUCGUUGAAUAACCAGAUUAGUGAACAAACGAAUAAAAAUUAGCUGCCUAUUAAAUAUGGAAGCCUGCGACAUAGAGUGCUGUUUUCCAUACUGGAUUGCUUAUAAAGUGACUCCAAAAAUAAGUAUGUUAUCGACUUUGCACUUAUGUUAUUGCAAUUUCUGCUUUGUUGUCUGCCAUUUGUUUGACGCGACAAUUAUUGUAAUAAAUAUGUCUGGUAAUGAAGAUACCAAUGAGAUGAUAGAGCGGAUUGAACUCGGUAAAAAAUGUUUUGAUUAUUGUUUCUAUUACUCAAACAAACAUGUAAAAUUUUGAGAUAUUAAAUAAAAAGGAUUGACAAAUGAGA